GCUGACAAAGAUUUUACAAAUCACAUAAUGAUGCUCUGAUCUUUAGACCUGCACUGGUCUGUCUGGUAGAUCCUCCUGCAACUCGUGUCCACUCCAUUUUCCCCUUCUCAGUGGCGUGUUUGUCGUGAUUGAUAAUACUGCACCGUCUGUGCCACUGGUCUGUGUACCCCUUACCUAGGCAGUACUGACACCUUUGGGUGUAGCAUGCUGCUGGCUGGGCACAGGAAGCACCACCUGACACACGGGGGGCGUGCCAAACCGUGCCUGCUCUUUGGAUCUGGCACCUUCGCUGGCACCUGUCCUACUUUCACCCUCCGGCGAUGACAAUAGAGUCAAGUCAGACUAAGGUAAUUGAAAUAUGUAGAAAUAAAUCAGGUGACAUUUGAAGCCACUGUCCUAUUUCCCGUGAUUCCGCGCGUUUCCAGUGGCAGAGACGAGGGGAGAUUAUGAGGAUUUAAUGUUGACGUUGAGGGAUUAGUGGUCCACAGGAAACGGCAACAGACCCAGAAUGACACAAGCAGUGUUAUGGUAGUGAUGUCGGCGCUGUAGUGUGAAGGAGCCUGUAAAGCAUCCUGCAGGAAAAGCUAUGAGUCAGUUUCGGGUGUUAGCGGGUGUGCUGAGGGGUGGGUGUGUUGGGGGGAGUCAGUGGCUGCGUGCAUGUGGAGGGGCCCCGGCCAGGCGCCUGGUUGAUCCCAGGAGAGGCUGCUCCUCAGGGGCUGCGCCUGAUGUCUCAGCAGUGGCCAGUAGCUCCAGCUAUGUGGAGGAGAUGUACUUUGCCUGGUUGGAGGAUCAUAAAAACGUCCACGAGUCUUGGGACGCAUUCUUCCGUAACAUCCAGGCCUCCAGUCCGUCUGGCGAGGCGGGCGAGCAACGCCCCUCCGCUCUGCUCCAGGGCCGAGUGCUGUCCCACUCACCAGACAUGGCACAGAAAGUGGUGGAGGACCACCUGGCCGUGCACACUCUCAUUAGAGCCUACCAGAUUCGUGGCCACCAUGUUGCCCAGUUGGACCCGUUGGGAAUCCUGGAGGCUGACCUGGACUCUUUCGUUCCCUCCGACCUGAUCACCACCAUCGAUAAGUUAGGUUUCUACGGUCUUGAUGAGUCUGACUUGGGUAGGACCUUUCAACUGCCUCCCACCACCUUCAUCGGAGGAGGAGACACCACUCUCCCUCUUAAAGAAAUCAUACACAGACUAGAGACAACCUACUGUGGACACAUAGGAGUCGAGUACAUGUUCAUCAACAAUGUGGACCAGUGUCAGUGGAUUCGUCAGAAAUUUGAGACUCCGGGAAUCAUGCAGUUCACUAAUGCUGAGAAGAGGACUCUGCUAGCCCGCCUGAUCAGAUCCACACGGUUUGAGGACUUCCUGGCCAGAAAGUGGUCAUCAGAGAAACGUUUUGGUCUGGAGGGCUGUGAAGUGCUCAUCCCUGCUCUCAAAACCAUGAUUGACAAGUCGAGCAGCGCCGGCAUCGACAGCGUGAUCAUGGGGAUGCCUCAUCGGGGUCGACUGAAUGUCUUGGCCAAUGUGAUCCGUAAGGACCUGGAUCAGAUCUUCUGUCAGUUUGACCCCAAGUUAGAGGCUGCUGAUGAGGGUUCAGGUGAUGUCAAAUACCACCUUGGGAUGUACCAUGAGAGGAUUAACCGUGAGACAGAAAGGAACAUCACACUGUCACUCAUGGCGAACCCCUCCCACCUGGAGGCGGUGGAUCCAGUGGUUCAGGGCAAGACCAAAGCUGAGCAGUUCUACAGAGGGGACACUCAGGGAAAGAAGGUGAUGUCCAUCUUGAUACACGGUGAUGCUGCUUUUGCUGGACAAGGAGUUGUGUAUGAGACUUUCCACCUGAGUGAGCUCCCCUCCUACACCACACAUGGUACAAUCCAUGUGGUGGUCAACAACCAGAUUGGCUUCACCACAGACCCUCGAGUGGCCCGCUCCUCGCCCUACCCCACUGAUGUGGCUCGGGUUGUCAAUGCACCCAUCUUCCAUGUGAACGCCGACGACCCCGAGGCAGUCAUGUACGUGUGCCGGGUGGCUGCAGACUGGAGGUCCACCUUCAACAAGGAUGUAGUCAUUGACCUGGUUUGUUACAGGCGCUUCGGCCAUAAUGAGAUGGACGAGCCCAUGUUCACCCAGCCACUGAUGUACAAACAGAUCCGUCGGCAGGAGCAUGUGCUGAAAAAGUACUCCGACAGGCUCAUUGCGGAGGGAGUGGUGACACUGCAGGAAUUUGAGGAAGAAGUUGCCAAAUAUGAUAAGAUAUGUGAGGAGGAAUACGCCAGCUCCAAGGAUGAAAAGAUUUUACACAUUCGGCAUUGGCUCGAUUCCCCCUGGCCAGAUUUCUUCACAGCAGAGGGAGAGCCCAAGAGCAUGAGCUGUGUCCCCACAGGACUGGAUGAGGAGGUUCUGCAGCACAUUGGCCAGUCAGCCAGCUCAGUGCCUCUGGAAGAUUUUAAAAUCCACCCUGGUGUGUCUCGUAUCCUGCGUGGUCGCGCUGACCUGGUGAAGAAUCGGCAGAUGGACUGGGCUUUAGGAGAGUACAUGGCCUUUGGUUCCCUUCUCAAAGAUGGCAUCCAUGUACGACUCAGUGGACAGGAUGUAGAGCGGGGCACCUUUAGUCACCGUCAUCACGUCCUGCAUGACCAAGAGGUGGACAAACGAACCUGUGUUCCCAUGAACCACCUGUGGGACAACCAGGCUCCUUAUACCGUCUGCAACAGCUCCUUGUCAGAGUACGGAGUGCUUGGUUUUGAGCUUGGCUUCGCCAUGGCCAGCCCGAAUGCUCUGAUCCUCUGGGAGGCCCAGUUUGGAGACUUUCACAACACAGCCCAGUGUAUCAUUGACCAGUUCAUCAGCCCAGGCCAGGCCAAGUGGGUCCGCAACAAUGGUAUUGUCCUGCUGCUGCCACACGGGAUGGAGGGAAUGGGUCCAGAACAUUCAUCAGCUCGACCUGAACGUUUCCUGCAAAUGAGCAAAGAUGAUCCCGAUCACUUCCCUGAGUUAAGUGGAGAUUUCGAAGUCCAGCAGCUGUACGACUGUAACUGGAUCGUGGUCAACUGCUCCACGCCUGCUAACUACUGUCAUGUGCUCAGACGGCAGAUUCUGCUGCCAUUCAGAAAACCGCUGAUCAUUUUCACACCAAAGUCUCUGCUGAGGCACCCCGAUGCAAGGUCCAGUUUUGAUGACCUCGCCAAAGGCACUACAUUCAAGAGGUUGAUUCCAGACGAGGGCCCUGCGAGUCAAAACCCAGCCCAAGUGAAGAGGGUGAUCUUCUGCACCGGCAAAGUCUACUACGAACUGGCUAAAGAGAGGAAACAGCAAAAACUGGACAAAGACAUCGCCAUCAUCAGACUUGAACAGAUCUCUCCAUUCCCGUUUGACCUGGUCAGAGCAGAGGUAGAGAAAUACGGCAACGCUCAGCUGGUCUGGUGUCAGGAGGAGCACAAGAACAUGGGUUACUAUGAUUACGUCCGGCCGCGUUUCCUCACAGUGGUGGCCAACAAGAGGCCUGUAUGGUAUGUGGGACGGGACCCUGCUGCGGCUCCUGCGACAGGGAACAAGUCGACCCACCUCAAUGAGCUGAAGAGGUUCAUGGACGCAGCUUUCAACCUGAGCGCCUUCCAGGAGAAGGACGUGUAGUUGAGAACUGGAGCAAGACUGGAGGUGCAGUUUCAUCUCCAACCAUCAUGGUCUAUUUUUUAAGUCUUUUUGUCAAACUCUUUUAGCUUUGUGACAAUCUGGAGCGUAGCCUUUUUAGUAAACAUGAUGUUAACCCUUAAUAUUCUUAUGUUAAAGAUAGAUGACUUAUGCCAAGACCGCACCGCACAACGUUUAUGUCUUGGUCACUGUAACAGAUUAUGUGAUCAUCGUUCAAUCCUGACAAAAGGCAAACAUUUGGACGCACUAGUUUUCCCAGGGUCUCAAAAGUGUCCUAAAUGCAGCUCGUCCUCCUCUGUGACACGUGACAGGGGAUACAAGGACAAUUUGCUGUGCCCUGGCUGUGCACCAUGUCAAGUGAAAUCAAGUCUUUUUCAUUUAUACAGCCCAAACUCCUCCUCUAUCAAAAUCGGGCCAUUUUUGGGCUGAUAUCAUGUAGUCUAAUUUCGGCUUUACUGGACCUGCACUUUAUUCACUCGACACUAUUCAACACGUGGUCUUUAUGAGGGCUUUAACACAAUAUGCAUAGUGUAUGUACACACCCCAAAACCUUGUCUAAAGAAAACCAGACACAAAUUUUCAGCCUCUAAACGGUGCUACACCUCAUUUCAUCACAUGAAAAAAGUGUUACACAAACAUGAAAUAUAAGUCACACAUUAUCACCUAGUUGUGUGGUGAAGUAGCAACAGCACACUUGUGACAAUCACUGUUAUUGGAGUAGCUUUAAUACCCUAGAAACCUCCACUGCUGCCAAGCUGAAUACUAGUUUAUAUUUUUAGUAUAGAUAUAUAUUUGUAUUGAUUUUGUAGAUGAAUAGCAGAAGCUAUAAGACGCACACAAAACACUAACCGGUGUGUUUAAACAAUGAAUGUGGAACACAUAUCACAGGUAUGAAGACUGUUUUGCAAUUUAACACAUCAGUAGCUUUAGUGCCUGCAUUUGCUCCGGCUACCUUAGCUGUUGUUAGUGAAGGAGUGUGUAUUUAUUUUCACACUUCACUUCACCAGGAGACAUGAGCCAGCUGGCACCGAGACUUGAAGCCAUGUUUUCUUUUUAGGACAUAAGGCUCAGCUUCCUCUUCGGAGGCUGAGGGAUGCGCACACACACAUAAACACGGCAAAGCUUUGAGAGCAAUAUUGAUGCUUGGUUGUCACAUUAAAAUCCCCAGGUAUUUAACAGAAGUGAUAUUAGUUAACACUGUGCAUAGAAAUGUUCCAUAAAAUGAUGUUUCCUGUCUAGCAGUUAUACUGUAGCUCACCUUUUCCACUUCCAGCUGAGAGAUUUAACCCUAAUCUAUGCACAAACGUAAUUUUACAUAUCUAAUUAUUUUUGUUAAAGGUUUAUGUGUAUUAGAUUUUUAAUGAAACUAUUAUAUCCACAUGUUAGUGUGGCCAUUGAGACAUAUGCAUGCACUUACCCUGGGAAUAAUAAAACAUGCAAUAAAAUAUAUUUAAGUUUAAUAA